UCAAGUUCCAUGUCCUGUAGGUGGGCCGUGCGUCAGUUGAUGACGUUGGACAACAAAAAUGGCAGGAGGAAGCAGCAACUACUGGGAAGAUUUGCGAAAGCAGGCCAGGCAGCUGGAGAAUGAGUUGGACCUGAAGCUGGUGUCUUUCAGUAAACUGUGUACAAGUUACAGCAGCUCCAGAGAUGGCCGUCGAGGAGACAGCAACUCAGAUAAUGCUCCCCUCCUCAACAACUCAACGCAGGACAGAAUGUUUGAGACCAUGUCUGGGGAGAUUGAACAGCUGCUGGCCAAACUCACAGGUGUAAAUGACAAGAUGGCUGAGUACACCAGCACCCCGGGGGUGACGUCCCUUAACGCAGCCCUGAUGCACACGCUCCAGAGACACAGAGACAUCUUGCAAGACUACACUCACGAAUUCCACAAAACCAAAGCCAACUUCCUUGCCAUCCGGGAGAGAGAAGAUUUGCUGGGGUCCGUCCGCAAAGACAUUGAGACAUACAAGAGUGGCUCAGGAGUGAACAACAGACGAACAGAACUGUUUCUGAAGGAGCAUGAGCACCUGAGAAACUCUGACCGCCUGAUGGAUGACACAAUAAGUAUUGCCAUGGCGACCAAGGAGAACAUGACAUCCCAGAGAGGGCUAUUGAAGUCCAUACAAAGCAGAGUCAACACUCUGGCCAAUCGUUUCCCAGCCAUCAACAACCUCGUCCAGCGACUCAACCUGCGGAAGAGACGAGACUCCCUAAUCCUGGGCGGAGUCAUCGGCGUUUGCACCAUCCUCCUGCUGCUCUACGCCUUCCACUGAUGACGAACAGACCGGUCGAACAAUCGUUACUCUGCGUUUGUAACAUCGGAAUCAGAACUCUGGAGAAUGGGCUUUAGUGAUUGGAGGCUACUGGACAGAAAGACACCCUCUUGACCCAAUCGCUUAACAAGAUUGAUCAAAGGCAGCAUGGACUACCUGAUUUUGUAUUUAGCAGUGGGAGGGAAGGAGGAGAAGGAUAUGUGAGAUGGAGCAGCACUUUUUUUCUUUUUUAUCAAAAGUUUUCUGUUCAACGCUGGUUAAGGGAACAGAGACAAAAUGUACUGAUAUGACUAGAUUUGAAAGAAUUAUAUAUAUAUAUAUAUAUUUAUUAUUUCAAAUAUAUUAGUACCUUGAGAUGGGUCAUAUGACUUUCGCCUAUCUCAAGGUACUAAUAUAUUUGAAAGAAUUAUAUAUUAAAGAAAAUAAAAAAAUAACACUUGCUUUAAGGAGUCCCUCUCUUUUGUUUCCCCCGUCUGUCUGUUGAUUUCUGUGAUGGAAGGAUUUUUAGUUGAAUGGUCCUUUUUCGUGAUGGGAUAUUCAGGAGGUUCGUAUUCAUCAUGGGCUGUACAUUGCAUUAUUAAUAAAUUAUUCAUUUACAGUA